AGGGAUUUAGGUGACUAGAGACCGGCGAGGAGAGGCUGAUGGGCUCAGGUGGGAGAACGCAGUACCUCACCAUGACCACCGAAAAUCCGGCGGCGGGAGAGCUGGCUCCGGCCCCCCUUGUCACUUGCAAGCUGUGCCUCUGCGAACAGUCCUUGGACAAGAUGACCACACUCCGGGAAUGCCGCUGCCUCUUCUGCACAGCAUGCUUGAAACAGUACCUGCAGCUGGCAAUCCGAGAAGGCUGUGGGUCUCCCAUUGCUUGCCCUGACACGGUGUGCCUGAACCACGGGACCCUGCAGGAGGCGGAGAUUGCCUCCCUGGUGCCCGUGGAUCAGUUUCAGCUCUACCAGCGGUUAAAAUUUGAACGAGAAGUUCACCUGGACCCCCACCGAACGUGGUGUCCUGUCGCAGACUGUCAGACCGUGUGCCCUAUUGCCUCCGGUGACCCAGGACAGCCCGUGCAGGUGGAGUGCCCUUCUUGUCACCUGAAGUUCUGCUCCUGUUGCAAGGAUGCUUGGCACGCAGAGGUCUCCUGUAGAGAUAGUCAGCCCAUUGUCCUGCCAACAGAGCACAGGGCCCUCUUUGGGACAGACGCAGAAGCCCCCAUCAAGCAGUGCCCCGUCUGUCGGGUUUACAUCGAACGCAACGAGGGCUGUGCCCAGAUGAUGUGCAAGAAUUGCAAACACACGUUUUGCUGGUACUGUCUCCAGAACCUGGACAAUGACAUUUUCCUCAGACAUUAUGACAAAGGGCCAUGCAGGAACAAGCUGGGCCACUCGAGAGCCUCAGUGAUGUGGAACCGAACGCAGGUGGUGGGGAUCCUGGUGGGACUGGGCAUCAUUGCCCUGGUGACUUCACCCUUGCUGCUCCUGGCUUCCCCGUGUAUAAUCUGCUGUGUCUGCAAGUCCUGUCGGGGCAAGAAGAAAAAGCACGACCCCUCCACAACCUAAAGGUCUCCACUCUGUGCACGUGCCACGGACGUCUGGGGUUAUAAUGAGAAGCACGGAGAUAGAGCCCCACUUAGUGAACCUGCCCCCUCCUUGCCAAACUUUGGAAGUGCCUCUGUGUCCAGACUUUGAACUGCCUGCCUAUGGCAUCAGAAAAGGCAUCAGAAAAGCCUGUCUGAAGAGAAGGACCCGGGUUCUGCAGUCUCGGCCGGCGUCUCUGGAGCAUGUCGGGAAGCUUUGGGGCUGCUGAGAAGGAGCUGACCCACCAUCACUUUAUCUUCCGCAGGAUCCCACUGGACUGUUCAACUUCCAGCCAAAUUCGAAGAGCCCGAGUGAAUGCUCAGUAUCAUCAGUGUGUUGUCGCGGUUGGCAACACACAUCGUAACUCAUCAGCUAGAAUCUGUUCUAUGUUGAUUUGACCCCCAUGAGAAAUAUGGGAGAAACCCGGCCCCCCGUAAGAGGGAAAGGAUAACACUAUUAAAGGGGAAGUUGUCGUAAGAGCUAAGCAGCAGGAGUGGGUCUGUUGGUUCUGCCUCUGCGGGCUCCCGGGGGUGCUGUUCCCGGCAUUCCCACAGUGACUUGGCAGAAACACAAUAGGUUUCUUCCCGUGUGAUCUCCGCUUCAAGCAGGAGAAAGUGCUGUGCAGAGGGAGUUGUCGCUUCCAAGAGAAGGGGUUGCAGCCACUGAAACAGUGUGGUCUGAUCCAGUAGCUCUCCCUUGGCCAGUGCACCUUGGUAAAGGUGAUCAACUGUCCUCCUAUAGCCAGUAGCUGUGGUCUCCAGGAUUGGUUUAUAGGCAAUAUGGGCCAAGUGGCCGAGGGUCAAGGGUACCCUUUAUCAUAGGUAACAGAGACCUUUCCUGAGCUCUGUGUCCAUGCACCCCACACAGAGUUGGCCCUAAAAGUACACACCAGGAUUGCGUAUCCAAGUCCACGUGUACGCCAGUCCGAUAAGCUGCUGCCUGCCUAGAAUUUCCAUCCGUUGGGCAUGCAUGAGUCUAUCCAGUGGUACAUGAGUAUAAAUGUUUCCUCAAAGCCAUUCUGUCUUUCCUUCUGGGACUAAUGUGAUUGAUUAUAAGUCAACCUGAAGGGUUUGUUCUUUUGCAUAUUAUAUAUGUAAAUUUUGGUUGCAAGUUCGUAACUCACUCAAUGGUAUAGACUCAUAAACCUAACUCUUUUAAAACAACGCCUGGUUCAAUGUCAUGCCGUCUCAGUUUUGUAAAAACACCGAUAAUCUGGUUGCUUACAUCCCUUCAGACACAGCUCAGAGCCACUCUCUUCUCCGCAGUUUCGUAUUGCUCUUCCAGCGUCUGGUGGGGCAAUGCAGACACUUCCUGUGUGUACAAGAAAUGGAAAAAAAAAUAAAAAAAAAAAUGCAAGAAAUAAAAUGUAAAUGCUUUCUGUAUCAUAAAUGCUUUGGGUUGGUAUCGCCUUAUGGCAACUUCUUUUUCCCUGUUAUCAGAUUUUUGAAUACACGGGUUUUGAAAAGAUAAUAACCUUUUCUCCAUUGACAGGAUUACCUAAUUGCCCUUAGCAACAUAGCCUGGUGCUUCAUGGGAAUUUGUAAGAUGCUUGUAGAGAGCUCUCCUUGAAGCUGGCGACACCGCCACGAGGGACUGUCAGAACCCAUCGUACUUCCCCAAGGUAACUGGGUAACUAGUUAUUAAACUGCUGCUAUCUUGGACUAUUAUUAAAGAACAAUGCUUUGCCGAUGUAAUGGAAUGUAUCCUGAGUGGGGGUGUGUAUAUUUAAGGAACUUUAGUUCACACGUACAUAUCGAUACCUGAUUUGUGUGUAGUACGUCUCUCGGUCGUGUACAUUUUUAUUUACCAUUUGUAUAAAACAUAGAUGAGAACUCUGGGAAAACUUUUGAAUGGCAACUAACCAAAAACAUUUUUAAUCAUUUUUUGGAAAUGUCUCAAUAUUAAGUGUCUUUAUUUUCCUUUGAAACUCUGAACGCUUCAGAAUAAGAGUACCCUCUUCUAUCAAUGUAUUUCAUAUUAGUAGAAAGACAAGUGUCCAUGUAUUUGAAUAAUUUGCUUUGUCUUAACACUGCCUCAUUAUAGCAAAGGGCAUUUAUAACUGCUCAGGGGAUCACAGGAACUCAAUGAAAUUGCAUUUUUGUAUCAAGUAUGUCUGUCGUGGCAACGUCCUCCAGCACGAGUGAACUCUCUAAGCUCGAGUCUACAAAGAAUCUUUAAACAGGGGCUGAUUUCGAAUAACCUAACAUCCUAUGUUAUCAGAGGCAGCGCUCCCAAAUUUGGAGUAACAGUAGGAGAAAACAUCCAUACUGUUUCCUUGGCCAAACUGAAGGAAUUUGUCUUCUCACAGAGAUCCUGUAACAAAAUCAGCUACUUUUUCAUAGAGCACAGGGAGUGGGGGUUGUUUGUGAAACAGAUUUUUUAACAACCGGAUUUAAGUUUUUAAAUGUCGAAAAGUGCCUGGAAAAUCGUGACUUCUUCCUUAUGUGGCUACGUGAAUUGGCCCGUGUAAGACCGUCAGAAUCAACAGGGAUAGGCUGGUGGGUUAGACUGAGAUAGAUCUCUGGUGCCUCAAAGGGCAAGGUGUAAGCCGAGCUAGAAACUUUGUUUAUAAAGGAGAGAACUGACAACGUCAAUAACAGAGAUAGAUGCUCUCAUUUGGGAUAAUUGGCCAGUGAGAGAGUUUAACCUGCCUCCUUCCUCUGUCAGCCCUAUAUUCUCCUAGUGAUCCUCUUUCUAUACUAGGAAGAAAUACAGGCCUACAUGAUCAUGUUUGGAUGUCGUGGCAAAAAAAAAUUUCUGUUUGGAGUAGUAUAGUCUAUUUAAAAUAGAAAUCAAAACUCCUUCACCAAAUUCUAAUCUGGAUGUAAAUAACCCCCCAUCCAGAAACCCUAACAGAUAUAAAGGCACAACAUCGCGCUGCUGCUCCUUCUGGGAAUUUUUCUCUGGUUACUAGGUAGGGAGAUGAGGGGGAAAGGCAUAUGGAAGCAAAUUUUAGAGUCCUAGGCAUUCUGUUUGUUCAUGUAAGGUGUUUGCUCUGGCGUUGAAAUCUCUAUUUUGAUAAAGAGGCCUUUGAAGAACAAAUAAUUCACAGUGUGAAUUUUCCUGUAGCCUGCAUCAUGAAAAUUUUACCUAUCUAGAUUUGAAAAUCUACAUGUUUAUUUGAAUGUAAAUCACUAUUGCUUGGAACCCCAAAUUGUCUCUUAAAGAUUAUUCAGACUCUAUGUAUUAUUUUACCCUUCUGUACACAGUGCUUGACUUUCUGUUCAUGAAUGGAUGCCUUUAUGUAUAUAGAACCAUGUAUAUAUAUGUGUGUAGCUCUGAAGACAAUUUCAUAAUGCUGUAGAUGAGUGACAUUUUAUAAAGCUGUCCAAUCGAUACCUGUAGGCUGUUACAUCUCAUGUCGAUUCAUGAUCCAGAAAGUUUUGUUAUGUAUUUAAGAAAUUGCUGUUGUAUUAUAUUUUUCUGAAUUAUUUGAGAGGAAAAUAGCUGUUUGAGUCUCUGUAGCCCCAAUAAAUGCAGAGCAGGAAAGC